UGUCCUUUGUCAUUCUAUAAACAAUAAAUGUUCAGUAUAUGCUCUUUGUGCUUUAAAACUUUUCGAUGCCGGUAGCAAAAAGUAAACUUACGCUUGCGUACGUAUAAAAAUAACAAAACUCUUAGCAAUUAUAUGUAUAGCUCGCGGACUUUCAACCAACGAAGAAAUGUUUACUUCGGAGAUUGUCACAGCCGAGGAUCCCUCAUUCAACAUAAACUUUUUCAGUUGACAAGACAUGGAAGAAGAAAAGCACCGAAUAAAAGAAUUAAUUGCAGAGGGUGUCAAAGUUUUUGAUUGGGCGAACUGGAUUUCUGUGGGAAUCGGGGUCUGGCCCCUCACACCAAACAACUAUCUUUUUAACGUAGUUUUUGUUUACUUUACAGUGAUGAUGAUUCUAGAGUACACGGACCUUUUUGUGCAUAUUCAUGAUUUUGCAUCUGUUGUGGAUAACCUCUCAGAGAAUCUGGCGUUUACCAUUGUAUAUUCGUACACCUUCUCGCUGAGGUUUUAUGAAAAAAAGCUAGCUCAAGUUUUUAGAGAAACACUGAUGGAUUAUGCUAGUAAUAAAGCGUUGAAAAAUAUGAAAGAAGUUAAACUGUUUAUGGUGUAUACGAAAAACGCAAAAUUUUUUGCUAAAUACAUUUUUAUAUCGAUAGCGCUUACUGGUAUUAUUUGGUUGUUCCAACCGCUGAUUUUAAUGUCUACAUUUGAUGCUGGAAUUGACAUUGAUAAUAAAACAGGAUCUUUUAUAUUACCAUAUCAUUUUCACAUUUGCUACAAAUUGGAUGAUUUUAAAACCUACGCAUUAACAUAUCUCUGGCAGAGCCCAUUUGCAGCCAUUAUUUGUUUUGGUAUAAGUAGUUUUAAUGUUUUUCUAAUAAUUCUUGUUUUCCAUGUAAGUGGAAGAAUGGCUGUUUUAACAAGAAGAAUUGAUGAAUUAAAAUUUGAAAAAGUUAACUUCCAACGUAAGAUUAAUGAAAUCAUUAUAGAGCAUAUUAGAAUUUUGAAGUAA